AUGAGGUUACGAUUGCCAUCUUCGCUGGCACUACUUGCGCUGGUCGCGUUACCAACCGCCUGGGCCCAAGACGCAUUGUCCAAUGCGCUUGCCUCGCUUCCCGCGUGCGCGAUUUCAUGCCUUGCCUCGGCAGUGUCCAACUCCCCAUGCUCCUUCACAAAUCAGACGUGCCUCUGCACCAACGCCGACCUCCAAGAUGACGUGACGAAAUGCGUCACUUCCGGCUGCACAAUCAGGGAGGCUCUCUUUACCAAGAAUGUCACGCAAACGAACUGCAAUGCGCCCAUCCGUGACAAGUCUAAGCUCCUUACCGAUGUUGCCACCUCCCUCGGCACUAUCACCGGCGUCAUGGUCGCGGGACGGUUGGGUUUCAAGCUUUUUGUGGCCAAGACGGGCCUGUCCUUGGACGACUGGUUCAUACUCAUCACCACCCUGUGCGGCAUUCCCAACACCAUCAUCGCGGUCCACGGCAUAACCCCAAACGGCCUCGGCAAGGACGUCUGGACACUGGAAGCCGACAAGGUCACAGCGUUCGGGUUGUUCUUCUACGUGAUGGAAAUCCUCUACUUCGCCGAGGUGACCCUCCUCAAGAUGUCCAUCCUCUUCUUCUACCUCCGCAUCUUCCCGACCCAGGGAACGCGCCGGGUUCUCUGGACCACAGUGACCAUCAACGCAUUGUUUGGCGUGGCAUGCAUCCUGGCCGGCAUCUUCCAGUGCUCCCCGAUCAGCCACUAUUGGGACAAGUGGGACGGUGAACACAAGGGAGCCUGCCUCAAUGUCAACGCCUUGGGGUGGGCCAAUGCCAUCGUCAGCAUCGUGCUGGACCUGUGGAUGCUCGCCAUCCCACUUAGCCAGCUGCCCAAGUUGCGCCUCCAUUGGAAGAGGAAGGUCGGCGUGGCCCUGAUGUUCUGCGUCGGCACCUUCGUCACCGUCGUCAGCAUCCUCCGUCUCCAGUCGCUCGUGUCGUUCGCCAACUCGCAGAACCCGACGUGGGACAACUGGAGCGUCUGCAACUGGUCCAUCGUCGAGAUCAACGUCGGCAUCAUGUGCGCCUGCAUGCCUACGGCGCGCCUGGCGCUUAUGAGGGCAUUCGACGUAUUCCGGGAGACAACCAUCAGCAGGUCCGGCUACUACGGCUACAACAACCAGCCGAGCGGCUCGACGCCGGGUUCCCAGAGCCAUGCCGCGGCGACGUCUGACGGCCACGCCGCCGAUGCCGCGGGGCCCUCUGUGAUCGUGUAUAAGAAGUCGUAUACCGUGCAGUACAGCGACCACGACGAGGCGAGCUUGGUGGAUAUGAGAAAUCUCGAUUCUGACGGCAGGGAAUCGCGGAGGGCGGGGGGCGAGAGUUAUUAAUACACCACGAUUAGUGAUGACCGAAUGAGCAUUGAUAAACGCUACAUUUCCCUUCAAAUCCUUCCAUAGAAGGACGGGAACAAAAAAGAGUGAAAAAGAGCCCGAAAAGCCGUUGGCGGUGUUGUCAUCCCCCACCCCCACCACGAGAAGCCCAGUAGCCCCCUCGGAUUGCAUCAUUUCUCCUCCCGACUCCCGCUCCAUCUAUCAGAGCUUCUCCAGGUCCCAAACCUUGAGCCACUCCUUCGUCAAUUAGCUGUCUCGGACAGCGGUAAACGCCAAGCCACUUGGGGCUCAAAAGAGUGACGGGCGCUUACUGAAA